AUGUCAUCGAAGGGUGGAGCAAGAGCCGAGGGCACAGACGGCACCGAUUUCCAGCAUCGGCAACGGGUAGCCGCGCAUUAUCAAAUCAGUGCUCAAUAUAAGAACUACCUCACAUGGCUCGCUGUCCCUCAUUUCCUCGUUGCGAUAUUCCUUUGGAUUAAGGCUAAGGAAUUUGUCGGUGCCCACUUUGGACGAGAUGCUAAGAAUCUCCAGUUCCGCAAGGGUACCACGACACUUGCUUUCGUCUACGAGCCUGCCACUCCUAAUGACAAGGGAGGUAUCAUCAUUGCUGUCGACUCCCGUGCUUCCGCCGGAGAAUAUAUCUCUUCGAAAUCGGUGAUGAAGGUUCUCGACAUUGGUGAUCGAAUGGUGGCAACAAUGGCUGGCGGUGCCGCCGAUUGCCAGUUCUGGACUCGAGUCGUUGCUAAAUAUUGCACCCUCUACGAGCUCCGUGAGAAGACGCCGAUCACGGUCGCAGCAGCAAGCAAAUACUUUGCCAAUGCCCUCUACGAAUACAAAGGACAAGGGCUCUCUGUGGGAUCUAUGGUUUGCGGUUUCGACAAGCGCGGCCCCGCGAUCUUCAUGGUCAACUCUGAGGGUGAUCGCUCUCAACUCAAGGUCUGUUCUGUUGGCUCCGGUUCGCUGAACGCCUACGGAAUUCUGGAUAACCAUUGGAAGGCAAAAAUGACCGACGAGGAGGCGAAAGCGCUCGGAUGGCGCGCUAUUAUGCACGCCACUUACCGUGAUGCCGGUUCAGGAGGUGUUUGCAAUUUGGUGCACAUCACUCCGGACAGCAAGAUCCGCUACCCUGGCCGCGACGUCUCCCAGCUGUACUACGAAUUUGCCCAAGAACUUGGCCGCGACAUCGCCUACGAGCCUCACGAUGAA